AGAUUUUUCAAUCUGUCAAAGCUUACAAUGAACUUGUAUUACAGAGAGAUUGACUCGUCUUCUUCGAUUUACCACAAAGUUUCUAAUCUACCUCGUCUUCUCCACCCAUCCGCCGUUGUGGAGAGAGACACACGGCGGAGUUGGAGUGGCUGAGGAAGAAGAAAAGACGAAGAAGCAGAGAUUUCAAGCGAGAGAAAACCCUCCUCAAGGAUCUGAAUUAGCGAUUCAUCCAUGUUAUACUCUAUCAGAAACUGCACAUUUGCUUAUAAAAAUACUUCUUCACGAUUCAUGAUAACGCGCUGUUCAAUUUCUGAUGCAAUUUUGUGCUUCGAUCGCUCAAUUCCUCGCUUGGGUUUCAUUCCUUUUACUAUUAGCCACGGUGGGCUCUUCUUCUUCUUCCAAACCUCUCCUCAAUUGUCAACCUUUAGAUCGACAACUUGUGAACCCUAGCCGCCACGUUGAUUUCCUCAGAGCCAUGUCUUCCGUCAAUGAUCUCAUUACCCACGACAAGCUUUGGGUCCAUUCUUCCUUCACCGAUGCAUCUCCACCCAUCUAUGUGUUUCUACAGUGCCGGGAAGAUCUCUCUGUUUCCCAUUGCCGCCGUUGCUUCAACGAGAGCAAACUGGAGCUCGAGACAAAAUGUUCGGGUUCGGCUGGUCGAAUCCACAAUGAUGGAUGCUUCUUACGGUUUGAUGAUCGAGAUUUCUUGGAGGAAUUUGUUGAUCCUAGAUUCGAUCGAGCCAAAUGUGUGGUGACAGAGUCAGGGUUUGGAACGUUUUGGAAAUAUCUUGAUGAGGCUUUGGUGAAUGUAACCUUAAAGGCUGUGAAGAAUGGAGGGUUUGGUGCAGCUUCCGUGAUUAGAUCCGAGGCCGUGUAUGCCUUGGCUCAGUGUUGGCAAACACUUGACGAGAAUUCGUGUAGAGAGUGUUUGGUUAAUGCUAGAUCGAGCUUGAGAGAUUGUGAGGGACAUGAAGCUAUGGCUUUCUUUACAGGGUGUUACUUGAAGUAUUCCACACACAAGUUCUUCGAUGCUGCUGCAGAGCAUAAACCUGAUGAUGAUCAGAGAAACUUUAUAAGGUCGACGUUUUUUCCACAUCUGAGUGAUCAUGAAGUUACAAAAUUAGCAAUUGCUGCGAUUUCGUUGUCUAUUCUUACUUCCCUUGGCGCCUUUAUCAGUUACAGACGGUUUUCAAGGAAAAGAAAAGCUCAAAUCCCAUCGUGUUCAAAUUUCAAAUACGAGAUGCUCGAGAAGGCGACCGAGUCUUUCCAUGACUCUAUGAAACUAGGCCAAGGAGGGGCCGGUUCUGUAUACAAAGGGAUUCUUCCAGAUGGCAGAGUCGUUGCAGUCAAAAAGCUCUUCUUCAACACACGUGAAUGGGCGGAUCAAUUCUUUAACGAAGUGAAUCUGAUCAGCGUAGUUCAACACAAGAACCUUGUGAGACUACUCGGAUGCAGCAUUGAAGGUCCCAAAAGUCUUCUCGUCUAUGAAUAUGUUCAUAAUAGAAGCCUUGAUCAAAUACUUUUCAUGAAAAAUACAGUCCAUAUUUUGAGCUGGAAGCAACGGUUUAACAUCAUUAUAGGAAUAUCAGAAGGUCUAGAAUACCUUCACAGAGGAUCUGAAGUGAAAAUCAUCCAUAGAGACAUCAAAACCAGCAAUAUUCUCCUUGAUCGAAACCUAAGUCCCAAGAUAGCGGAUUUUGGACUCAUACGUUCCAUGGGUACCGACAAAACGCAAACCAACACUGGAAUUGCUGGAACACUUGGUUAUUUGGCUCCUGAGUAUCUUAUCAAAGGGCAAUUAACAGAGAAAGCUGAUGUUUACGCAUUCGGAGUUCUUAUCAUCGAGAUAGCAACUGGCAAGAAAAACAAUGCUUUCACGCAAGGAACUAGCUCAGUUUUAUACUCGGUAUGGGAACAUUAUAAAGCAAGCACUUUAAAAAGCUCGAUUGAUCCUCGGUUGAAAGGGAAUUUCACAGAGGAAGAGGCAUUGAAGGUUCUUCAAAUUGGAUUGUUGUGUGUGCAAUCUUCAGUAGAGUUAAGACCUUCAAUGUCUGAGAUAGUCUUCAUGUUAAAGAAGAAAGAUUGUAAUUUUGAUAGUCCGAAACAGCCUCCGUUCUUGAGUGCCAGUGUUCUAAUGCCAGAUGAGGAGACCAAAGAAGUGUGAUAUUUUAACAAUUUCUUAGGUUUGUAAUGUUCCAUUCUAUAAAUGUUCAAGAAGGAUUUUCACACCA